AUGUGCCUCGGCAUGUACUCCAAGCUACCAGGGCUUGACAAGUCGUUUUCCUUCUCCGUCCCUCCAGGCUUCUCCUCCCUCUCUCUGGGAGACCAGAUGAGUUUGCUGCAGAGCGCCUGGAUGGAGAUCCUCAUCCUCAGCAUCGUGUUCCGCUCGCUGCCGUACGAGGACGAGCUGGUGUACGCGGAGGACUACAUCAUGGACGAGGAGCACUCGCGGCUGACGGGGCUGCUCGACCUCUACGUCUCCAUCCUGCAGCUCGUGCGCAAAUACAAGAAGCUCAAAGUGGAGAAGGAGGAGUUUGUCACCCUCAAGGCAAUCGCUCUCGCCAACUCAGACUCCAUGCACAUAGAGGACAUGGAGGCGGUGCAGAAGCUGCAGGACGCCCUGCACGAGGCCCUGCAGGACUACGAGGGAGCCCAGCACCCGGAGGACCCUCGGCGGGCCGGCAAACUGCUCAUGACCCUCCCUCUGCUGCGGCAGACGGCCACCAAGGCGGUGCAGCACUUUUACAGCAUCAAGGUGCAGGGGAAGGUGCCCAUGCACAAACUGUUCCUGGAGAUGCUGGAGGCCAAGGUCUGAUCGGAGGCCAAGGUCUGAUCGGAGGGAGGCUGGUGGGCCACGGCGACAGCAGAGGGCUGCGUUAGCGAUACAGAAAGUGACUUGAACCAAGGCUGAGGGUCCCCAGGAGAAGGAGACCCCCACUGACUGUGCUCAGCAGCAGAGAGACUGACCUUCUCUCAUCCCUCCCCCUGGAACCCUGGGACACUAAAGAAAAAAAAUGCAAAACUUGGUUAUUAG